AAUUGAUAAAAAGAGGACACAGUAAUGAUCUCAAUUUUGACGGAUCAUUUUGGAAUACACUUGCAGCUACAGCUGGUCACUAUUGCUAUAAUAUAGAUGGAUAAUAUCGAGAUCAUAGUUCAAACACUGUGAUGUGCAAGGUGCAACUAUGGCUCGAGUGAUAUUUAAUACGUCAAGCAGUCUACAGACAUUCAAAUGGAUUUUUCAAAGAGCCUAUUCACAAGAAAAGUUCCCAAAAAUCACAACACAUUACACUGUUGUUCCCAGGGAAACAGAUCCACGAUGGAAAGACAUAAACAUGGAAAGAUAUGUAGAUGAAACUGAUAUUUUAAUUGUGGGAGCUGGUCCAGCUGGAUUAAGUGCUGCAAUUCAGGCGCGUAGAUUAGCAGAGAAACAUGGAAAAGAGCUUAGAGUUACGGUUGUUGAGAAAGCUGCAACUAUUGGAGGACAUAUUCUUAGUGGAGCUUGUAUAGACCCAAUCGCUUUAAACGAAUUGUUUCCAAAUUGGAAAGAAUUGGGUGCACCAUUAAAUACUCCUGUGACAAAAGACAAAUUUGCACUUCUCACUGAGAAAGGCAGGAUAUCAAUACCUAUUCUUAAAGGAAUGCCAAUGUAUAAUCAUGGGAACUAUAUAGUCAGAUUAGGUCAUGUCGUAGCUUGGCUUGGGGAACAAGCAGAAGCUGCUGGAGUAGAGUUAUAUCCUGGUUAUGCCGCUUCAGAAAUACUUUACCACGAAGAUGGAUCUGUUAAAGGAAUAGCCACAAACGAUGUUGGUAUUGCUAAAGAUGGUUCUCCUAAGGAUAACUUUGAACGUGGAAUGGAAUUGCAUGCAAAAUGUACAAUUUUUGCAGAAGGUUGUCAUGGUCACCUUACAAAACAAGUUACAAAGAAGUUAAAUCUUAGAAAGGAUUGUGAACCUCAAACUUAUGGUAUAGGAUUGAAAGAGAUCUGGGAAAUUAAACCAGAGAAACAUGAACCUGGAACUAUUGAACAUACUGUUGGCUGGCCAUUGAAAAAAGAUACCUACGGUGGUUCCUUUUUAUAUCAUCUGAAUGAGGAUACACCUCUUAUUGCCAUUGGUUUUGUUGUUGGCUUAGAUUAUACUAAUCCUUACUUACAUCCGUUUAAAGAAUUCCAAAGAUUCAAACAGCAUCCAAGUAUCAGGUCCAUACUUGAAAGAGGAAAGAGAAUUUCAUACGGAGCACGAGCUUUAGUGGAAGGAGGUUUCCAAUCUAUUCCCAAACUCCAGUUUCCUGGUGGUUGCCUUAUUGGUUGUACAGCAGGAUUUCUUAAUGUUCCUAAAAUUAAAGGAACACAUAACGCUAUGAAAAGCGGAAUGCUUGCAGCGGAAAGUGUGAUCGAAGCUAUAAUAGACGCAGAAGCUAACCCGUCAGCAACAAAGGGUUUAGAACCAAAAACUUACACUGACAAAAUAAAAAAUAGUUGGAUUUAUAAGGAAUUAAAAGCUGUGAGAAAUAUGAGACCAAGUUUUCACACGAGUCUUGGUCUUUACGGUGGUUUAUUAUACUCUGGAUUUUCAAUGUUAAUUGGUGGAAGAGAACCAUGGACUUUGUCCCAUGGAGGCCCUGAUUCCAAAAGACUGAAACCAGCUUCUGAAUGCACACCAAUUGAGUAUCCAAAACCGGAUAAUGAAAUAUCUUUUGAUUUGUUAUCUUCCGUGGCUCUUACUGGCACAAAUCAUGAAGGUAAUCAGCCUCCUCAUCUUACUUUGGCUGACGAUACUAUACCAGUGAAGAGAAAUUUAGCAGUAUUUGCUGGGCCGGAGGGACGAUUUUGUCCGGCAGGUGUAUAUGAAUUUGUACCACUAGAAUCUGGAGAUGGCGAGAGACUACAAAUCAACGCUCAAAAUUGUAUUCAUUGCAAAACUUGUGACAUUAAGGACCCAAGUCAGAACAUUAACUGGGUUGUUCCAGAAGGUGGAGGUGGUCCAGCAUACAAUGGAAUGUAAAUUACAAUCGUAUAGUCAAUUGUUAAAGUUUGCAUGAUCUGAUAGCAAACUAUAUUUUUUUACAAUAAAUAACUGAAUUGAAACUAAAAUGUGAAAAGUACAGUAACGAAAUCUAUAACUUGUAAAG